AAGUAUUUUUCUAAUUUUUGUUAUUUCUUCUUUGAUUUGAGUAUUUAGAAUAUUUUUAUCUUAGUAAAUUGUUUCUUUCUCUAGUUAUCUGUUUAUUAUUGAACUUAAUUUUAUUCCUUUGAAUUCAGAAAACAUUCAACACUUGUGAGAUAUUCUUUUGGAUUAACAUAUGAUCACUCUUGAUAAAAACAGUCUAUGUGCACAUGAAAAGAAUAUGAGUUAUUUUGCUGUUGAACACAAGUUUGUCAAUUGUUUUUUCAUAUAUUUUCCAUCUAUUGAUUUUUGGUAUGUUUCUAGGCUAAGCUAUUGAGUUAUAUAUUUUACAGUCUUUCAUGAUGAUUAUAGAUUUGUCUUAUUUUUCCUUUUCUGUAAAUGUUUGGUAGUUUAUUUGGUUCAUAAAUUUUUGGGAUUACCCUAACUUUCUGUAGAUAUGAGCAUUUUUAUCACUAUAAAGUACACUCCCCAUUUAUUCUCUAAUGCUGUUUCCUACCUUAAAGCCUGCUUUAUAUAAUAUUAAUAUGACUAUGCCAGAUUUAUUUUGGAUAAUGUUUGCAUGGCUUCUUUUUCCAUAAUUUUACUUUAAAGCUUUCUUUUUAUAUAUUAUAUUGUGUUUCUUGUAAGCAGUAUUAUGGUCAGAGUUUUAAAUUCUUCUUUAUUAAUAUUAAUUUUUACUUGGAGUAUUUAGUUCAUUUACAUUUUAUGUAAUUAUAUUCUCCAUUUCUAGAAGUUUUUCCCCAGAUGUUCCCAUUUCUUUCUGACAGUCUCUUGCUGCUCUUCUCUGAAAUUUCAUCUUGUGUUUUGUAAACAGUGUAUAUAUCAGCUAAUUUAUCUACACAUAUUUUUAAAUCUGUCAAUUUCAAUAUGCAGUGUCCAUGAGAAUUUAAGUUUCCUACCUGCUUUUGGUUGGUUUGUUUUGAUUUUCUAUCAUUUGUAGUCUAUUCCUAUGCUUAAUUUAACUUUAUUUUGAAAUCACUGUGCAAUUUUAUUUAUGGUAGUCAUGCCAGGAUAAACGAGAGGAGGUCUUUUUUUCUGUAAACCUUAAUGUAUUCAUUUUUAAUGUAAAUACAAAAAAUCAUCCCUCUUUUAAAGGAUUGAAGGCUUAUGAAAUUAAGAUGAGAAAAAAAUGACCUUAAGAUACUUAACAUAGUGCUAGGAAUAUAAUAAAAGCUCAAUAAAUGGUAGAUUUCACUUUUAAUUCUUAGAUCAGUAUGUUGAUUUACUUGUUUCCUGCCUCCCUCAUUAGAAUAUACACUCCAUAAAUCACACAAGCUUUGAGAUUCUGACUACCACUAUAUUCCCUCAAAGAUCAAGAGAGAGUUUGUUCUAUCUAGAUAUUCAGUAAAUACUUGUUGGAUAAAUAAAUGGGUGCCUGUAAACAGUAAUGUGUUAAAUGAAGAGAUUAUUCCUAAGAGCCUUUCAUGUCAAGGGUAGUCAACAUAAUCUUCUGCAUUCAAGGGUGUAAUAACCAUGAGUAUACAACAACAGCAACAGUUUUGUGAUACAUUUGUGAAACUUGUCAUACCCAGAGUUGAACUUAAAUUUUAAUUAAAAAUUAAAUUGAUCAUUUAGAGUAGGUAUCUACAAUGGCUAAAUUUGUUUUUCACUUCUACAUAGUAUUUUCUUUACAAAUAUAAAUUGAUUAUAAAUGACAUAAAUAAUGAUUUGGUAUUUUAAAAGAUAAAGUCAAGUAUUUUGUUUCUGUUUUGCAUUACAUUCUAUAGGUAUAUGUUUGGCACUCCUUCUCUACAAUUCACUUUAUUAAAUGUAAAGUAGUCUCAGCAGGACAUGUAAAAUCCAUGAAACACAAAUUUUCAUUUGCAUUUUAACAAAUUAUAGAUAGGCAUUCAGUCUGAACAUUCUCUAGACUAGCUACGUUUUAUAGAUAUAUUUGGAAAGGUCUUCAUUGAGAAAUUUCUAAUUCCAUCAUAAGCCAUUACUGGGGCAAUUUCAAGUCUUUAUAUAACAAAUGAGAAGAAAGUCAUGCUUCUAUCAAGCAGCCAAUAUAUGCCUCGUUCUGCAGCAGGUAAUCUAAGAUAGACGUAACAGAAGCAAUAUUAAGAAUUAGCAGAUAUGCUAAGUGUAGUGGAAGGCAUCUUCAUUUUUGUUGUAAUUAGUGAGUCAGUAUUUGCGGUUUUAGGGAAUGGAUUUAUUGGACUUGUAAACUGCAUUGACUGUGCCAAGAAUAAGUUAUCUACAAUUGGCUUUAUUCUCACCGGCUUAUCUAUUUCUAGAAUUUUUCUGAUAUGGCUAAUAAUUACAGAUGGAUUCAUACGGAUAUUCUCUCCAGAUAUAUAUGCUUCUGGUAACCUAAUUGAAUAUAUUAGUUACUUUUGGGUAAUUAGUAAUCAAUCAAGUAUAUGGUUUGCCACCAGCCUCAGCAUCUUCUAUUUCCUGAAGAUAGCAAAUUUUUCCAACUACAUAUUUCUCUGGUUGAAGAGUAGAACAAAUAGGGUUCUUCCCCUUCUGAUGGGAUUCUUACUUAUUUCAUGCUUACUUAAUUUUGUAUAUAUUGCGAAGAUUCUUAAUGAUCUUAAAAUGAAGAAUGACACAGUCUGGCGUUUCAACAUAUUUAAAAAUGAAUACUUUAUUAAGCAGAUUUUGCUAAAUCUGGGAGUCAUUUUCUUCUUUACACUCUCCCUAAUUACAAGUGUUUUGUUGAUCAUUUCCCUUUGGAGACACAACAGGCAGAUGCAAUCAAAUGUGACAGGACUGAGAGACUCCAUCUCUGAAGCUCAUGUGAAGGCAAUGAAAGUUUUAAUAUCUUUCAUCAUCCUCUUUAUCUUGUAUUUUAUAGGCAUAGCCAUAGAAAUAUCGUAUUUUACUGUGCCAGAAAACAAACUGUUGCUUAUGUUUGGAAUGACAACCACAGCCAUCUAUCCCUGGGGUCACUCAUUUAUCUUAAUUCUAGGAAACAGCAAGCUAAAGCAAGCCUCUUUGAGGGUACUACAGCAAUUGAAGUGCUGUGAGAAAAGGAAAAGCGUCAGAGCCACAGAGACACCUUGGGGAGAUAUGGAUGUUCCAUGAAAAGAAUCCAGUGAAUAAAUCCUUGAAGAUCUGUUUCACUGCACUGCAUUCUUGCUUUGUUUUUUAAACUGUGUCAUUAAAAAUCACUGAAAUCUUCCAUAAUUGUUUUGACUACAUUUCAGGGAAUCUCGUCUUUGAGGAGAUUUUAAUCUCACAUGCAAACUCAGUGGCUUAGUCAGCUUCCCCACCCUGCAACUUCUUCCUACAAACUUCCUAGAGGAAAACCAUCAGCCUGGAGACUAUUCACUGUAAAAAUUAUAGCGGUGAGAAUAAGCUCUAAAAUAAGACUUCUCGUUGUGCUUUACCUGACUUUUCUGAAGCAAGGACACCUAUUCUCCAAGAAAACCCAAAGAAAAAAAAAAAAGAAAGAAAGAAAAUUAGAUCAAUCUUGACAUUUAGAACAUGGAAGUGAGGAUAGAUGGCGGUGCUUCUUUUCAGUAUGCUAUUUUAAUUAUUUAAAGGGUUAUUUUUUUCAUUUUUUAAAAUCUAACAUCCUCUUUUACUGGUGUAUGUUUGAUGUGUAGCAAGUAGUCAGAGUAAUAGACGUAGUUCUGUGAAAUAUAGCUAGGGAAACAAGAGUCUAGGUGAGGGAUAUGGGAUCAAAACACUGAUGAAAUAAAUAUACUCUUCAUAAUCAGUGAUUUGAGAUAAGGCAGAUUAUGAACCAAUUAAAGUUGAGUAAAGAUUUUUCUAGAAGCAUAGAUCCAAAGGCUGCAAGAUUCAACGCAGUCCCUGACCAAAGGACACAAGAUGAACACAGGGUAGAAUCUGUGUGAAAUAUGAAAUGUUCUGUCUUAGAGCUUCAUACACACACACACACACACACACACAUGCACACACACACACGUUUAUAUACACAAACUUGCAGUCACAGGCAUGUUUCAAAUUUUGGGUUUUAAAGUGAAAUUUUAUGUCCAACUCAGGUUAUAAACUCAGUGACUUAUUUUGGCAACUUCCAAAAGUGCCUUGAUCUCAUACUUAUGGCCUAAUAAGUGAAAUAUUUCCAAAUAUAAGAACUUAAUUCAUUUUCUAUGUCAGGUUUCCAAAUCAGUAUUUUUAUAUUUUUAAACUAUUGUGUUUAGAAUGUACAGAUAAAGAGAUAACAGAAAAAAGAAAACCUAAUGCUGCUGCCUAUUUCAACCAAAUAUAUUGGCUUAUUGGAAAUUAUACUGUAAAAAGAACUAUGUUCUCCAUAUAGAUUAUGUUGAUAAUGUGGAAUUUAUUCAUUUUCCCAUGUUUUCAAAAAUUACUUAUACUAAUCAUUUUAAGGGGUACAUAACUCCCCUUGCAAAUAUACAAUAAUAUACUUAAUGUUUAUCAUAUCGUUUGCAUUUAAAUUGUCUUCACUUUUCCACUGUUAGAAAUAAACAUAAUAUGAGUAUUAUAGAGCAUGAAUACUAUUCAUUCAUAUGAAUACUAUUUGAAUGCUAACUUGGCUAGGUAUUGAGGACAGAGUAGUGAACAAGACAUCAAUAUAAUGGAAAAUAUAUUCUAAUGGAAAACAAAUGAAUAGCUAGCUAACUUAAACAAUUACAUUUAUGAUAUUGGGAGAGAAAAACUAUAGGAUGUUGACCUGACCUGGUCAUGGGAAUGGACAAGAUGUCACUGAAGUUAAUGGUUUAAUUUGAUAUCUAAAUAAUGUGUAGGAGUAAGGUGGACAAAGGAGGAGAAAUUUGGGGUGGGAAAGUAUCAUGUCGAGGUCUUGAAGCAAGAAGGAGUAGAGGGUAUUCCAGAAACUAAAGGUCCAGUAUGACUAGUAUAUAGACAGAGUAAUAUGUAAAUUAUUUUUAAGGAAAAUUCCAAUGGGGAGAAAUUUGACAAAUUCCUUGCAGAACUGAUAAAUUGCUCUGUAGAAGUAGUAAACCUAUAUGUUAAUAGUGAAAAAAUAUACAUCUUAUUCCAGUCUCGAAAUCAAGCAGGUUAUUAUUUUUAAUGUCAUUACCUUGAUUGCAAAAAUAUCUUUACUUCACAUAUAUUUGAUUACUAGUGCAGUUAAGCAUUAUUACAGGAUUAACCAAUAGCAUAUACACUUUGGGAAUUGUUCAUUGUUUUUUCCUUAUUUGUUCAUGUCAUAGUUUUUCUUACCAAUUUUGUGACUACUUUAUACAUUAACACUAUGCCAUAUAUGUGUUAUGAUUUUUUCUUAAUUUGCUAUUUAGUGAGUAAUUUAGUUUGUAAUGUUUGGGGAAAUAAGUGGAUAAUUUACAUGAUCUCAUAUUGAUUUAUGGUUUCUUCUGCUAUUUUUGCCGAUUUUAACUUAUUUUUACUGAUACCUGUUCAUCAAAAGCUCCAUUUUCUACUAUAAAACACAGUUUUAUUGCAUCUAAAAUUAGCAAACACAAAAAUAUAUAAAGAAGAAAUUGAUUAUGCACAUUUGCAGUACUCAACUAACCAUUGUUAACAUAUUUCUACAUAUAUUGUAAAAUAGAUCUCAACAUAGAUAGAUGACAGAUAAUAAGCAUGUUACUUUAAAAAUCUGUUUUGAUUAGAUUUAUAUAUAAACUGGAUGGCGAGGUUAUCUGUGGAUAUUGGGAUUAUAGAUAAUUUUAAUUUUCUUGUAGUAUUACGUAAUUUUCUAUGUAAUAAUUUAUGUCAUAUGAAAAAUACAAUUAAAUAAAAGAUGAGGCACGUGAAAAAAUAUCUGUUUAGUAAUACUUGCUUUGAGAAACAAGGGAAAGAAAAAGAAUCUUCCCUAGCAUUUGCACAGACUGCAUAAGCUCUAAUUCUGAUAUCUGCUGCGUUUUUAGCUCUGAUGACUAACUUUGUUGUUUGUACUAACUUUUGAUUAUAUUGGCUUGUUCCUCACAUGUUUUAUGAUUUUAUUUUGAACUCAGUUUUAUUAGAAUAUUGUCUGUGGGAAUUCUUUGAGGUCAGGUUUACAGUGACAUCUGCCAGAAAGAGUUUAACUUUGUGAAGGCUGACUGGGGUCACUUGUAGUCUCAACUUCCUUAAGCUAAACUUUUCAGUUUGCAAUGAUUUAGGCUAUAUAGAAUUUAACUUCUAGCCCCAAGUAUACACGAGUGAAAGGUUAUUGUUAUAAAUUCUUAGAGCAACAUUCCUCUUUCAUUCCCCUUUACAUUUCCCUUUCAAUUAACUACCCUGGCUGCCUGUUUAGUACUCCUACUUUAGCCUUUUGCUGGACAUAUAUUAUUUUCUCAUUUGUCUAUUAAGGUUUUGCAUUUCAGGGGUCUUGGCUUAUAGAUAGUAUCCAAUCUCACUUCUAACUUUGGAGAAGUCCAAGUCAGGUAUCUUAUCCAACAUGCAUAUGAUCUUUUAAAACAUAAGCACUGGUUUAUGAAUGGAUGAAGAAAAUGCUGUAUACAUACACAAUGGAACACUAUUUAUCCAUAACAGUUUAAAAAAAAGAAUGAAGUGCCAUUUGCAAUGACAUGGAUGGAAAGGGAAGACACUAUGGUACAUGAAUUAAGCCAGAAACAAAAAGUUAAGCACCACACAUUCUCGCUCAUAUAAGAAAACUAAAAAAAGAAGAUCUCAUAGAAGUAAAAAGAAGAGCAGAGUAUACCAGAGGCUGGGAAGGACAGGGGUUUGUAAAAGUAUACAAAAUUCAGCUAGAUAGGAGGAAUAAGUUCUAGUGUUUUAUAGGACUAUACGAUGACUAUAGCUAACAAUAAUACAUAGUUUUAAAUAUCAGGAAGGAGGAUUUCAAUAUUCCCAAUAAAGAAAUGAUAAAUGUUUGAGAUGAUAGAUCUUCUAAUUAACCUACCGAAUCACUAUACAUUGUAUGUUUCAAAACAUCACUAUGUACCUGAUAAAUGUGUACAGUUAUUAUUACAUAAGAUAGGAAAAUAGCCUAUUGCAUAGAAAGAGUGAUGCCAUCCUGAAGCAAAACUACCACAGCCACUGAUGUUUAUCUCCUGCAUACCAAUGUGUUCUGCAGCAAGCUCUUUAAACAAUUCCUGUGACAUAGACAACCCCUCAUAAAGAGCUAACCUUCUUAGUGGUCAUAAGUUUUAGCAAGAGAGUCUGAGGUAUGAGUAGCUGCACAUGUUUUACCCAAAAAGCUUAAUAUAUAAAGGAUAUUUUCUGGAGGGCGGGUGUGGGGAUCCAGUAUCUUGCGGCCACCCAAGACAUUGCCUCUGUUUAUAAGUUCCUAUUAAAUAUUUAUUUCUUUUAAAGAAGAUAACAUAUGUUUAUGUAUAAGAUAUAUAUA